AUGUCUCCCCAAUGCAUGUUUGUUUUGGUUAAGGACGGACCCGCGCGCGGUCUACCCGCUGCUACUGGGCGGAUCCCACUCUUUAGUAUACAUAGGAGGCCUCCGACAAGUGGACAAUAUGACCGAAUGCUCAAUCCCAUUAUACCACCUAAACGAGCUCGACAACAAAUAGCGCGCUCCUAUAACAUGGUAUCCCCACCAGAGCUGCGCAGCUGGCUUAUCAAAAUACGUUACCUGUCGGCUAUACUGUACUGCCCUUUCCAUUAG